UGGCGCGAACUCUCCCGCGCUGGGCUAUUAUUUUACUCUUGGCAUCCCCUCCCUUCUCAGCCCAAACGCUCCCGCUAUGCAACACCACCAACCCAAUACCCAUCCCAAUUUCGCCACCGCAGGCUCCACCGCGCCCGGCAUCAGCUCCGACCCCAAGGGCGGCAAAAAGCGGGGCAGCUAUAACUGUGGCCGCUGUGGUCUCCCUAAGAAGGGCCACAACUGUCACAUCAAAAGUCCAAUUCAUCCGUCCGCUGCUACCCCUAUCGAUUCAUCUGUAUCCGCCUUUUCUGCCAUUCACGAGUCUCCAACCUGUCAGCCGCCGCCCCGAUAUUCUUACUCCUACCUCCGUCGGGCAUUGUCAUUUGACGAUGCCGAAGACCGAAACGGCGGAUUCGAUCCGCUUGAAGCGGACGAUCGGGAGGCUGGAUACCCGGAUUCCUCCGGUCUGGACUCGGGCGGGUUGCCAGUAAACAUUCUCUGGGACGUGCUGCGGAGAUUGCCGCCGACAGGGCUGUUGUCGGCUGCGAACGUUUGUAAAGGGUGGAAUGAUACGGCGAGAAGGGUGUGGAGGGCGGCGGAGGAGCUGAGGCUUAGGGUUCCCGCCAGAGCUCAGGUCGGGUUUGUUGCAUCAAUUUUGCAGAAGUGUACCAGUCUUGUGAGGCUCUCUCUUAGAAUGGAAAGUAAUGUCGAUUCAACGAUGCUGGCUUGCAUUGCAUUCUCGUGUCCCAAUCUGGAAUUUAUGGAGAUCUCAACAUCUAAUGCUGCAAUCAAUCGGAUCAAUGGGGAAGAAUUGGGUCGAUUUGUUGCUGACAAACGAAGCUUAAAAAGCCUAAAAAUUGAAGGUUGUUCUAAUCUUGGGGGUUUGGUACUCUGUUCGUCAAGCCUCACAACGGUCUGGCUAUCGGAUCUGUUCUCGCAUUCUAAGAUGGUAUUUAACUGUCCCCAGUUGAGAGAGAUUUCCUUGGAAUUUUCCCGCCAAGAAAUUGAUGGCACCGAUAUCACUACUAUGGUUGAUGGUUUAGGAAGAAGUUGUCCCAAGUUGCAAAAUAUACAUAUAGCUUCGGUGCGGCUUUCUCAUGCUGCUGUGCUUGCUCUUACGGCUGCCCAGUUGAGGGGUCUGCGAAUGCUUUCACUUGUGCUUGGAUCUGACAUAACCGAUGCUUCUGUUGCUGCAAUCACCUCAAGCUAUCCAAAUCUAGAACUGCUUGAUCUCAGCGGAUCUAGCGUGAGUGACAGUGGAAUUGGAAUGAUCUGCAACGUAUUCCCAGAAACAUUGUCAAGACUCCUCCUUGCUCUCUGCCCAAAUGUGACCUCAAGUGGUAUACAAUUUGCUACAGCCCAAUUGCCGCUUCUGGAACUUAUGGACUGUGGCAUGACCAUAUGUGAUCCUAGUUCUGAAAAUCGUAUGAAUGAUGAAAACAACUGUGAAUUACCGAAAACAUCUAGCACUAAUUUGCCACUUGUGAACCAGAAAUUAAUCAUCAAACAUAGCCGUUUGAAGAAACUAAGUUUAUGGGGCUGUACUGGCUUAGACGCAUUAUAUUUAAACUGCCCGCAACUGGAUGAUCUGAAUCUAAAUUCUUGUGCAAAUUUGCAUCCAGAGAGACUGUUGCUUCAAUGCCCCAGUUUAGUAAAUGUGCAUGCAUCAGGUUGUCAGGAUAUUUUAAUCGGGGCCAUCCAAAGUCAGGUCUGCAGCGCUUUUACAUCUAUGGAAAGCCUAUCACCUAGUAAACGCCUGCCUGAUGGUUCCAAAAGGGUCCAGGUUCCUUAUUUUCACAGCAGCGAGUCGCCCGAUGAGGGAAAAAAGCGUGGGAGAAUUGAGAGACGGCUUUGUAAUGUGAUUGUUGACUGAUCUUUCCUCUUGCUUGAUUUUCCUGUAUAGAUGUGUAAUAUCUUGUCAUCUAAUCUAAUCUCCAAAGGCAGAAUCCACUAGGUGCUAGAUAGGUUUAAAAUUCUUGUUCGAAUCAGAAUUACUGCUCUAUGAUUCUCUUUGUUGCCGGCUUGCCGCUGCCUGAUGUUCAUGGUUAUCAUCAUAAUCAGCAGUCAAUGUAGACUACUCUGAAUGACUCCACGACAUUUAAUGAAAUAAAUUAUUUUUCCGA